GCGCAGUCGAACCAUUUCUUGCCUGUUAAGUUAUGAGAGGGGGAGGUUGUUAGCGGGGAGGGUUUACUUGGGGACUUGUGUACUGGUGGAGUUGUGGAAGGUGGAAGGUGGGGGGGGAUGGUGGACUUACAGCAGGCUGAGCGGAUGGCCACUUGGGCGUUGAGGAUGUGUUUACUGAGGGUGAGUGAGUUAGUUGGGUGAGUGAGGGAGAAGGUUGGUGUUGAGGGGAUGGACGUACCACAUUGUUGGGGUGGAUUGGGGGGGAAGAAGUAAAUAUAGAAUGAAUGGGUGGAGAGAGAGAGAGAGAGCAGAUGCAGAGGCAGAGAAAGAGUGGUUCGCGGAGGCUAAAAAUAAAGAGCGGCGGCGAGGAACGGCGCUGCUUUGCGCUGCGCUGCUUUGCAUACAAUCACGCGCGGGUCGAUCCCCUCCUCUUCUCUUCUCUUCUCUCUCCUCUCCUCCUCCUCGCCUCUCCUUUCUUCUCUUCUCUCCAUCUUCUUCUUCUUCUUCUUUGCUGCUCUUAGACUCUUCCUCUCUCCAGUUAGAAGGCAGUCCUACACUCCCUCUCCUUCUUUCUCUCCUUUCUCUCUCCCUCUCUCUCUCUCCUCCCCCCACUCUUCCUCCCACUCUACUACUCACUACUAACUACUCUCUACUCUCUACUUCCCCCCUCCGAGAUCUCCCCCUCCAGUUUCUCUCCCCCCACACUCCUGUCAAUUCCUUCCAUCAUCCAUCAUUCCAUACUGCAUCCUCCUCUCCUUCACCCCCACCUCAAUCGCUGUCCCCCUUCUCCCCAAUUCCUCCCUCCUGACGAACUCAAAUCCCUUCCGCCUAAACUGGAGCUCCGCCACACUCGUCACUCGCCUUCGUCACUUCCGCCUCGUUU